GCGCCAGCUCAUCAUUCGAAAAGAAACGAGAAAAAAUGGAUGAACUGGAAUCAUACAGCGAUAAUCUGUUUAAUAAAAGACAACUGGGUCCGAUCGGCUCUACAGCGACUACUCCAUAUAUUGUCGCUCUUAUUGUUGCCAAAUUUCUUCACUCCUAUGGUGUGUUUGUCGCGUUCGAACAGCUCAAGAUAUUCCACAUUACACAGUUUUUAUUUAUUGUUAGAUUAUGUUCAUCCAUCAUCCUAGUACUACUGCAAAAACCAAUAUCUUCAGGGAAGAAAAUUACACUCAAUCAGUGGUACAGAAUAGCCAGACAUGCAGUGUUUUCUACAAUUAUUGCCCUUAUAUGGCUUCAAGGGCUAUCACAGUGUGGUGCAUUGAGAACUAUUCUACUGUUUGAACAUGGUGAACUAGUAGUACUUGGUGCACUUGGAGUACUCUUUCAUACCAGUGUAGGAGGCCACUCAAAGUUCAGAGGAGCCAUUCUUUUUCUUCUUGGCAUACUUUCUCUGCUGCUGUUUGAUAAUGAUACUCCACACAGCCAUGGACCUAACCACAAUGAAACAACCCAUGGCAGUAGAUUGAUGCACUGGUAUUCACAUUUCUUGUCAAUGUUGGGAUUACCAGACCAUCAGGGGGCACUGCUUCUACUUAUCCUGGGUUUGCUAUGUAAUGUUGCACACGGGAACUUUUCCAGAAAAUUAGCUGUUGAAAUUGGAGGUGGAAAGCGACUGGCAGCCCUGUCUACGAGUAUAGCCACAAUAUUGUUGCUUCCUGCAGCAGGCAUUACCCACUUCACUCAGGAAACCUCAAUUGAUUGGAUCAAGUCCAUUCUACCAAUGAGUUUAAUCGUCCUAUUUGUCUUUGUCAUUGACUUCUACGUAGAAUCAUUCUGUUUUUCAAAGCUUGAAGCUCACAUGACCACUAAGAUCGGUUCGACAGCUUCAUUCUUGUCAGCUGUUGUCUUUGCUAUCUUGUGGGACCAACCAUGGGCAUGGACCAUCCAUGAAUGGCAUCAUGGAAACACAGCUGGAGUAAAGCACUUGUUAUCAGGGGGAACCAUGUUCAGUGCUGUAUUCUUCAUCUUGGCCACUCGUCUUUUAUCUCGUCCAUCACCUCGUCCAGCUAAAGGCAAUCUUAUUGGCUACACCACAGGAGGCUUGCCAAUCUACAAUUUCCACACUCCACAGACUGUUCUGUCAAUAUGCAGGACGUUUCUUAGACAAACACUUGAAGAAUCUGAAUCAAGACAAAUAUUCUACUUCCUCUGCUUGAACCUGUUUUUUACAGGAGUGGAGUUGCUAUAUGGGAUGUGGACAAACAGCCUUGGCCUGAUCUCGGAUGGUUUUCAUAUGUUGUUUGACUGUACUGCCCUUGUUCUUGGUCUCUGUGCUGCCCUCAUGUCACGAUGGAAAGGAACUAGAAAGUUUACAUACGGGUUCAGUAGAGUGGAAAUCUUGUCUGGUUUUGUUAAUGGUUUAUUCCUGGUUGUCAUUGCUUUUUUCGUAUUCUUAACUGCAAUACAAAGGCUGUUUGAUCCUCCUAAAGUUAGCACAGAACGCUUAUUGGCUGUGUCUGUCAUAGGUCUGCUUGUCAAUUUAGUGGGAAUCACUGCUUUUCGUCAUGCCCAUGCGCAUUCGCACGGCGGGUCAUCUCAUGGACAUAGUCAUGAUCAUGGCCACAGCCACAGCCACAUUCAUGAACACCCCUCGUCCCACCCUGAUAGGAGCGUCAAUAUGCAAGGUGUGUUUCUUCACGUAGUGGCCGACACCCUUGGUAGCGUAGGUGUCAUCGUCUCAUCUAUUUUGAUUGAGCGCUUUGGACUGUAUAUAGCAGACCCUAUCUGCUCACUCUUCAUUGCAACCAUGAUCUUUCUUAGCGUUAUACCAUUACUUAAAGAAUCAUCCGUGGUUCUCUUACAAAGAACUCCUGAAACUCUGGAUAAAGCACUUAGCAACGUUCUAAAUAAGGUCUUGUCUAUCGAUGGUGUGCUCUCUUAUCGAGAUCAUCAUUUCUGGCAACAUUCAGAGAAAACAAUGGUGGGAACCAUACAUGUGCAGGUGGCACCGUCUGCUAAUGAACAGAAAAUCAUACAACAGGUAACUUCAGUAAUGAAAGAGUAUGGGGUCAAUGACGUAUCAAUACAAGUUGAGAAGGAAGCCUUCUUUCACCACAUGUCUGCCCUGUCUGCUGGCUACAAGUCUGUGCUGGCUUUGAAACAAGGCUCAGAAAUUGGAAAUCCGCCAUCUGACACCGAUUUAGGUUUCAUUAAGUCUAUUUAAAUCAAAUUUGUUUCUUUUAAUGUAAACAAUUAAUUUGUAAAUAACAUUGAUGUAGAUAUAACUAGAUGUAAUACCUACUGCGUCUUCACUUGUCUGGGAUGUAGAAUCUCUCACACAAUCUCUUGCUAGACAUGCUACAUCCAUGUUUUCUCUUCUGGCUGUAAGUUCAUUGCCAGUAUGAGAGCAUAGCAAUGUGUAUCUGCAUGAUGUUAGCUCAAUUGCUGGUUUUCAGUCACUCCCAAGAGAAUGAAAUAACAAGACAUGGCGGCCAUGUUGGAUGAUAAAAUAAAAGAGACUAAUGACGUGGCGGCUUUGAAAACCAUAAAUAGACCAUUUUUGAAUUCAUGGAACAACAUUGCUGUGUACGUUCCUUUAUUACAGACUCAUUUUCUCAGGGUUAGCCUUAUUCCAAUGUGAGAAUAUUGUACCUUCACUGGAACAUAUGAAUAUUCUAAAAACUAUUGAUGGUUUUCAACCAUUCCCAAAUGAGUUAAAUAACAAAAGACACGGUGGCCAUGCUGGAGGAUAUAAUUCUUUUGUUAAGUUCCUGA